UGGGGAAGGGUGUUCCCGGGGCGGGCGAAGGGCGGGAAGGGGGAAGGGUUAUCGAGAGGGAAAAUCGGCUGCUGUCGGGGCAGAGCGAGCUCGCAUUCCGCGCCGGCGGUUCGGGCUCCUCGUUCGCCUCCGGCCAUGGGGCUGCAGCCGCGGCGCGCCGUGGGGCCCUGCCCGCCCGCGGGAAGAAGCGCCGCCUUGCCCGGAGCGAGAUCCGCUCCUCCCUGGGCGCGCAGCGACGAGCCGGAGGGAACUCCAGGGCGCCACGCCACGAUGCCGCCCCUCCUGCCGGCCAUCCUGCCGACCCCCUCCGCUUCCCCUGCUGCCGCCCGGGCGCAGCCCAAGAAGCCGCAGGCGGCCGCCUCGGCCCCCAAGAAGGCAGCGCCUCGGCCCGCAGAGGAGAAGGUGGCGAGGAAGGCGCCAGGGGAGCCUCCGGAGCGGCCGGGACCCCUCUCCAGCUCCUGGCCCUGCUCGUCCCUACAGCGGCCGCCGCCGCGGAGACUGCCGGCCGAGCGGGCGGCGCGGCCCCAGCCCACCCCUCCGCAGCCGCGGGGCCGCCCGGGGGUGCCGGGGGCGGGCAGCCGCUCAUGCGAGAGCCUCGGCGGGGCACCGGGGGAGGCGGCGGGGCGCUUCUCGCUCAGCCUGCCUCCGGAGGCCAUCCGGGUACUGCAGCGCCGCAGCCUGGAGCGGCAGCGGGGGCAGCCCGCACCCUCUCCCGCCGGCAGAGCCGCCUCGGCCCGGCGCGGCGACCUGCGCGCUCUGCUGAAGGUUUCGCUGCUCAACGACCGGCACCGCUACGACGACGAGGAAUACGAGGAGGAGGAGGCGGGGACCGCGGCGGACGAGGGGCUGGUGCGGAAAUGCACCGAGUGGCUGCGUGGUGUGGAGAGUGCGGCCGGCCGCGACCACCCCGAGCGGCUGGAGAUGCUGCCGCACUUGGGCACCCCCUGAGCCCUGCCGGGACCUGGGAGCGGCACGGCGGCGGCUGUCGGAGCGGUCGCUCCGGGGGGAGGUGGGGCCACCAUCCGCGAUGUCGUGUUCCGUGCGAUGUUGUCGGCGCCCUGGCAGCCCGGGCAGGCGGCGGCAGGAGCCGGGCAGCGGAGCCGCUGGCCCGGAGCCGAUCCUCGGGCCGCCUCCGCCGCCGGGUCGAGGGACAAAGGAGCGGCUCCGGCCUCCGCCCGCCGGUGACCCGGUGCUGGGAGGGAGGGCACUGACUGUGGGCGUCCUGCCUCCAUCCUCGCGGAUUUUUUAAAGAUUUCUGACUACUUUAUAAAAUGUGCGUAAUGGUUUUGUAUAUUUGUACAUAAAAGUUCAUUUUUAUUUA